AUGCACGGCAACUCACUCCGGAUGUACACCUCAGCCAUGUCAUGGGAUCACCAGAGCUGGACCUCGGCAAAUAGCCUCGCAAUUUCAUCCACCUAUAUUGAAGCUUCGAAGCUUACUGUCGCGGUCAUAUUCGGAUGUUCAGAACAGCAAAUGGCCAGGGUUGAGGAGCUGCUUGCAUCAUGUCCGGGGGUCAAGUCACAUCCCCUGCUUACGGUCGGGAUAUUUGCGGAACUACACAAGGAUAGGAUGCAGGAGAUUGUCAAGAAGGCGAUUUAUGAGUGCACUGCAGCUAUUACAGAUCUGAAGCUGGAUCGUGAUGCGCCUCCGUUGGUGAAGCGAGACUUCAAGCUGAACAGGAAGCUGAGAAACUGGCGGCUGAAGACGAAGAUGGCGGAGGAGGUCAGAACUACCAAGGGUUUGCUCCAGAAGAUGAUAACGCAGGUUGAGGAGGAGCAGCAGCUGCAAUCCUUCCAAUACGACGGCGAGUUUGCCACGAGCACGCGGAGAUUUAAGCAACGGUUUACGGAGAUUGAGAUUGAGUUGGACGCCCUGAUGGCUAGGUGCCGGAUGAUGUUUGACGACAUGACUUAUUCCGAGGAGCUGUUUAUGAAUGAGCUCCUCAGUGAUGAUGCCGAGCGAGCAAGGGACCAAGCAAAGAUGAGUACGGUCAUAGCCUUUGUUGCUAUGCUGUAUCUUCCAAUAACAGCUGUGGCGACAAUUUUCGCUAUGCCGGUUUUUGAUUUUCAGAACGAGCGGAGAGAUAUCUACUUCCGAAAGGCAGAGACUGGGGAAGAUUCCGAUCAACCGCCAGUCCUAUCUUCAUACUUCUGGGUGUACCUAAUUGUGUCUGUUGUCCUUACCGGAUUCACAGUGUUCGGUUGGUGGCAUUACGCAAGAGGUACGAGCAAAGCGCACAACCGGAGAAAAGCUUUGAAGCGCAUGCGGCGAGCACAUGCGACCACGGGAGGGUGGAACAACUCAUGA